UCCUCCAUCCUUGUGUCCAUCUGUGCCGUCUGCCCCCCCCCCCCUCCACCCCCCCCCUUGUCCGUCUGUCUGUCCGUCAGUCCAUCCCCUCCGCCCCCUGAUGGAGCCCUGGGCCUUAGGGCCAACGAAGCCGGAGACGCCGUAAGCGGCCUCCAGGAUGAGCUCGUGCAGCAGCCGGGCGCUGACGCUGCUGAGCAGCGUGUUCGGGGCGUGUGGGCUGCUGCUGGUGGGCAUCGCCGUCAGCACCGAUUAUUGGCUCUACAUGGAAGAGGGGGUCGUGCUCCCCCAAAACCAAAGCACCGAGGUGCGCAUGGCCCUGCACGCCGGCCUCUGGCGCGUCUGCUUCUUUGCUGGCCGGGAGAAGGGGCGCUGUGUGGCUUCUGAGUAUUUCCUGGAGCCCGAGAUCAACCUGGUGACAGAGAACACGGAAAAUAUCCUGAAGACGGUGCGGGCGGCCACACCGUUCCCCAUGGUCAGCCUCUUCCUGGUGUUCACGGCCUUCGUCAUCAGCAACGUGGGGCACAUCCGGCCCCAGCGCACGCUGCUCGCCUUCGUCUCCGGAAUCUUCUUCAUCCUCUCUGUCUCCUCAGGGCUCUCGUUGGUGGUGGGUCUGGUGCUCUACAUCUCCAGCAUCAAUGAUGAGGUGAUGAACCGGCCCAGCGGCUCCGAGCAAUAUUUCCAGUAUCGCUAUGGCUGGUCCUUCGCCUUCGCUGCCUCCUCCUUCCUCCUCAAAGAGGGUGCUGGUGUGAUGUCUGUCUACCUGUUCACUAAGCGCUAUGCCGAGGAGGAGUUGUACCGGGCGCCAGCAGGGCUCCUGCGCCCUCGGCUCAGCGCCUGUUCAGGGUUGUCAGGACAAUUUCUCCAGCCGCGCGCGUGGCCUCGUGCCCGAAGCCCCUCGGAUGCCUCGUCCGAUGUCUCCAUCCAGAUGACCCAGAACUACCCCCCCGCCAUCAAGUACCCCCAACAUGGGCACUUGUCCACCUCACCCUGCUAGGGCGGACCUGGGGAGCAGGGACACCGGGGGAGAAUAUGGGGAGGGACAUCAGGGGGAGGGGGAGGAA